UUGUCAAAUAGGACUUUUGGAUUUCUUUGUUUGCAGCAGUAUAAAAAUUCUAAAGAAACGCUUAGUCCCAGAGAUAUAACACCAGAGAGGAGUCAUACUUAUCUGGAAUAUUUGCGUGUAUGUGUCUUGUUCUUAAGAAAAAGAAAACCAGCUAGCUAAUAACCGUGCUAGCUAGCUAAUUUUGGCAUUUUGACUGAGAGCGUAUGCCGUGCUGUUGAAUUUGGCUUGAGUUUCCUCGCAAAACACAAAUGACCAGUCAGAUUCAGUGGUACCUCACUGUUUGAGCUUACGUCACGAUGUUAGUCUCCUCCGUUUCACGACAGUUUCUCGGCAAAGAGUGAUGUUAAGACUGACUGGCUUUUUCAGAGUUGCACGCAGGGCUGUCUGCAGCGCCGCCGACGACAUGGCGAAGGGCAAGUUUUUCUACGCAGUUAGGAAAGGAUUCAAACCAGGAGUCUACACUUCAUGGGAUGAAUGCAAGAGCCAGGUGGACAAAUUUCCAUCGGCUUCUUUCAAGAAAUUUUCUUCAGAGAAAGAUGCCUGGGCGUUCUUCAGAGGAGUCGAACUGUCUGCACCUCCAGUGGUGAAGAAAGUGGCUGAGAUUGUGGAGUCAAAUGAACAUCUGCUUCCAAAAAGAGGUCCGGAGGCUCUGGAGUACAUCCCUCUGGGAAAGAAAAGAUGUCACUCAGAAGAGGAGGCUGAGUCUGAACCCAAACGAGUCAAACAGUCAGAAAGUUCGUCUUCAGUCAGCCCAGACGGAUUCACAUACAUGGGUGAUGCCGUUGUUGUUUACACCGACGGUUGUUGUGCAGCCAAUGGACAGCGUGGUGCUCGAGCUGGCAUCGGGGUGUACUGGGGCCGCAACCACCCACUAAAUGUUGCAGAUCGACUGCAGGGAAGACAAACUAAUCAGCGUGCUGAAUUGCAGGCAGCCUGUCGAGCGCUGGAACAAGCUAAAGAGAAGAAUAUUAAGAAGCUGGUUCUGUACACGGACAGCAAAUUUACAAUCAACGGUGUGACCAGCUGGGUGAAGAACUGGAAGCUGAAUAACUGGAGGCUGAAAUCUGGCGGUCCGAUCACCAACAAAGACGACUUUAUAAAGCUGGACAGACUGAACGCAGAGCUGGAGGUCGUCUGGUUGCAUAUUCCCGGGCAUGCAGGCUUCCACGGCAACGAGGAGGCCGACAGACUGUCAAGGGAAGGGGCAGCGAAGCCUUUACCACAGCAGCAUGACGACACUGAUUAAAGCGAUCAGCAGCAGGACUGUUUAUCCACUCUGUGAUACAGAGGCUUUUUUUUUUCUCUCUGCGUUCUGAGAUGAAACCAGAAAUCUGUAUUUGUCCAAUUUUCUGCGACAUGUUGAUUUUCAUUUUUUGUUUCUGCUCUAAAUAAAGUUUUAAGUUUCUGCCUCAAACA